UUCAGCUCGCGGCCCGUCCGCCGGCGCCCGCCGCCGCUUUUGCCUUAAACUCCCUAAAAUCUCCGCUGCCCCCCCCACUCCGCGUCCACACAACCCUCCCCGGUUCCUGCUGAGGCCGGUCUCUAAUCGCCAGAGGAUGGCGAAGCCCAGCCACAGCAGCUAUGUCCUCCAGCAGCUAAACAACCAAAGGGAAUGGGGCUUCCUGUGUGACUGCUGCAUAGCCAUCGAUGACAUUUACUUCCAGGCGCACAAAGCAGUCCUGGCUGCCUGUAGCUCCUACUUCCGGAUGUUCUUCAUGAACCAUCAGCACAGCACCGCACAGCUAAACCUCAGCAACAUGAAAAUCAGCGCUGAGUGCUUUGAUCUCAUCCUGCAGUUCAUGUAUUUAGGAAAAAUUAUGACUGCUCCUUCCAGUUUUGAGCAGUUCAAAGUGGCAAUGAACUACCUGCAGCUGUACAAUGUUCCCGACUGCUUAGAGGACAUACAGGAUGCAGAUCGUUCUAGCUCCAAGUGCUCAUCAUCAGCUUCCAGCAAACAGAACAGCAAGAUGAUAUUUGGAGUCAGAAUGUAUGAGGACACUGUGGCUAGAAACGGCAACGACACCAAUAGGUGGAGUGCAGAACCAAGCUCGACAGUAAAUACCCCACAUAAUAGAGAGCCAGACGAAGAAUCGAUACCACUAGGCAACUUUCAGGAACCGCUGUUUGAUGUUUGUAAAAAAAGUUCUGUGUCUAAGUUAUCUGCUCCCAAAGAGCGUGUGUCACGGCGCUUUGGACGCAGUUUUACCUGUGACAGCUGUGGGUUUGGCUUCAGCUGUGAAAAAUUACUAGAUGAGCAUGUGCUGACCUGUACUAACAGACACUCUUUCCAGAACCCGAGGUCUUACCACCGCCUCGUAGAUAUUAGAGAGGGCAAAGACAAUAACAUCAAAGCUGAAUUCGGUGAAAAGGAUUCUUCUAAAACAUUUUCUGCCCAGGCGGACAAGUACAGGGGAGACACAAGCCAGGCUCCUGAUGACUCCACUUCAACCACUGGAAGCAGAAAGAGUAGUACAGUGGAGUCCGAACUUGCCAGUGAAGAAAAAAGCAGAGCUGCUGAGAGGAAGAGAAUCAUUAUCAAGAUGGAGCCUGAAGAUAUUCCCACUGAUGAGCUGAAGGACUUCAACAUCAUCAAAGUUAAUGACAAGGACUGUAACGAAUCCACAGACAACGAUGAGUUAGAAGACGAGCCUGAGGAGCCGUUUUAUAGAUACUAUGUUGAAGAAGAUGUCAGCAUCAAAAAAAGCGGCAGGAAAACGCUAAAACCUCGCAUGUCAAUAAACGUUGAUGAGAGAGGAGGUUUAGAAAACAUGAGGCCCCCUAACAGCAGUCCAGUACAAGAGGACGCUGAAAAUGCCUCAUGUGAGCUGUGUGGGCUCACCAUCACGGAGGAGGACCUGUCAUCUCAUUACUUAGCCAAGCACAUUGAGAAUAUCUGCGCCUGCGGCAAAUGUGGACAAAUACUUGUCAAGGGCAGACAACUCCAGGAGCAUGCUCAGAGAUGUGGAGAACCUCAGGACCUGACGGUGAAUGGAUUGGGAAACAACGAGGAGAAAAUGGACAUGGAGGAGAAUCCUGAUGAGCAGUCUGAAAUAAGAGAUAUGUUUGUUGAAAUGCUGGAUGAUUUUAGAGACAAUCAUUACCAAAUAAACAGUAUCCAAAAAAAGCAGUUAUUUAAACAUUCUGCCUGUCCUUUUCGGUGUCCUAAUUGUGGCCAGCGUUUUGAAACUGAAAAUCUAGUGGUUGAACAUAUGUCUAGCUGCCUAGACCAAGACAUGUUUAAGAGUGCCAUCAUGGAAGAAAAUGAAAGAGAUCACAGACGAAAGCAUUUUUGUAACCUGUGUGGAAAGGGAUUUUAUCAGCGGUGUCAUUUAAGAGAACACUAUACUGUUCAUACAAAGGAAAAACAAUUUGUCUGUCAGACGUGUGGAAAGCAGUUUUUAAGAGAACGUCAGUUGCGUCUGCACAAUGAUAUGCACAAAGGCAUGGCCAGUGGUGGAAUAGGGCCUUCUAAGCCUCUGGAGAAGUGACAGAUGUGACUUUGGAGAGGACGUGGGAAGAAUCAGUCUUCAGCAGGCAAUCUUAAAAGUGCAGCCCAGAAAUGGCAGAUCUGAAGUGGCACCAUCUUGUCUGUCUGCCUGCCAAACUUCAUCUACCCCAAAAGUUCCAGCUGCAAAGAUCCAAGAACAUUUAAUAAAGUUCACUCUGGAAUCACUUUGUUGUAACAAAAUUGAUUCAUGGUGACUCUCCUCAUAUUUGUGGGAAAUCUAGAAAGGACCUUCAGCAUUUGUGACAUAAGUGGCUAAAGUAACUUCAUGUGCUAAUUAUCUUCAAGAGUCCCUCCUAAAAUAAAAGGGCUUGUUAGGCUACUGUAAAUACAUUAUAAAGAAAGAUAAUUACAUAUCAUUGCAAACAUAUAUAAUUCUACACUUAAAAUAGCCAGAAUUAUAGCAUAUGUAUUCUGAAAUGUAUGCAAUUUAAAAGAAUCAUACUAAAAAUUCUGAAGUUUAGAAUAAGUGGAUACAGAAAAGGAAAAUGCAUAGCUAAUAUUUUAACAACAUAACCUAGUUAUAACACUAGUCCUUCUUUUAACACUAUCUACCAAGCACAUUCUUAUUAAUAUUAAAGCUGCCUUUUAAGUCUCUUAAGGGCAGAGUAACAUCAUUUCAAUAAGUGGUGGGUUUACACAAAUCACAGGCAUUUUCUUCUGGACUUAAUAUAACCUAAUAAUGUAGAAUGAAUUUCUAUUAAGUACUUACUCUCCAUACGAAUGUAUCGUGCCAUGCUUCUUGGCUUCAACUUUGAAGAUAAAAUCAACUACUGAAUGACGUGUUGAUUGCUAUGCUUUUAAAGUAUUUAUUUCAUGGAGAAAUUAGUAUUUAGUGAGAUUUUAAUCUGGCUACAAAUGCUUUGCUACACACACACAACCAUAUAAAUCUUCUGACUAUAUUAUCUCCUUACUGUGAACAUACUUUAAAAAAUUGGAGCUGGGUGUGGUGGCGCACACCUUUAAUCCCAGCACUUGGGAGGCAGAGG